AUGAGAUCUCACCAUAGAGUUCUGGUUUUCCUAGUGUUGGCAAUGUGCACUGUAGGUGGAUGGUGCGUUCCCCUGAAGAAAAGCGUGUCUGUCACCUUCCCUGGAGAUGUCCUUAAGAACAUGACGGAUUUGGAGCUAGCAGAAAGCUACCUGAAGAGAUUUGGCUACAUGAACGUUCAGCACCGCAGUGGUUUCCAGUCCAUGGUGUCCAACUCCAAGGCUCUGACGAGAAUGCAGAGGCAGAUGGGGUUGGAGGAGACAGGGACGCUGGACAAGUCUACGGUAGCAGCCAUGAAGGCACCUCGCUGUGGGGUACCCGACGUACGCUCCUACCAGACCUUUGACGGGGACCUAAAAUGGGAUCAUCAUGAUGUUACAUACAGGAUCCUGAACUACUCACCAGACAUGGGAGCCUCUCUGAUAGACGAUGCCUUCGCCAGAGCCUUCAAGGUGUGGAGCGAGGUCACCCCUCUCACCUUCACGCGACUGUUCGACGGCACCGCCGACAUCAUGGUGUCAUUUGGAAAAGCAGAUCAUGGAGACGGCUACCCCUUCGAUGGUAAGGACGGCCUUCUGGCCCACGCCUUCCCCCCUGGUGAGGGCAUACAGGGAGACGCCCACUUUGACGAUGACGAAAACUGGACCCUCGGCAAAGGAGCAGCUGUGAAGACUAGCUUUGGCAACGCAGAGGGUGCCCUGUGCCACUUCCCUUUCUCCUUCGAGGGCAAGGAGUACUCCACCUGCACCACAGAGGGGCGCUCUGACAACCUGCCCUGGUGUGCCACCACAGCCGACUACGGCAGAGACAAGAAAUUCGGCUUCUGUCCAAGUGAACUUCUGUACACAUUCGACGGAAACAGCAACGGCAAAGAAUGUGUGUUCCCCUUCGUUUUCCUGGGGGAGACAUAUGAAGGUUGCACCACGGAGGGUCGCAGUGAUGGAUACCGCUGGUGUUCCACCACAGACAACUUUGACAAGGAUAAGAAAUAUGGCUUCUGUCCCAACAGAGAUACGGCUGUGAUUGGUGGAAACUCUGAGGGAGAGCCGUGCCAGUUCCCCUUUGUCUUCCUGGGGAAGAAGUAUGACGCAUGCACCAGCGAGGGACGGGGAGACGGCAGGCUGUGGUGCGCUACCACCGGCGACUUUGACGCAGACACGAAAUGGGGCUUCUGCCCAGAUAGGGGCUACAGUCUGUUCCUGGUUGCGGCCCACGAGUUUGGUCAUGCCCUGGGUCUGGACCACUCCAACAUCAGAGACGCCCUCAUGUAUCCCAUGUACAGCUACGUUGAAGACUUCUCCCUGCAUGAAGAUGAUGUUGAGGGCAUUCAGUAUCUCUAUGGAUCCAAGACAGGCCCUGACCCCACACCCCCUGGGCCCACCAUCCCUACACCUGGUCCCAGCGAUGAGCCUGAGCCCAACACCCUCACUACCACCACUACCAGCCCCACCACUACACACCCUGUGGACCCAUCCCAGGACCCCUGCCAGAUCAACAAGUUCGACACCAUCACAGAGAUCGAUGGAGACCUGCACUUCUUCAAGGAUGGGCAAUAUUGGAGGUUGUCAAGCAAGACAGACGGUGGACUGAAGGGUCCGUUCUCCAUGUCUGAGAGGUGGCCAGCUCUGCCAGCCGUCAUUGACACGGCCUUUGAGGACCUUGUGACAAAGAAAAUCUACUUCUUCUCAGGCACCAGGUUCUGGGUGUAUACAGGACAGAGUCUCCUGGGACCCCGCAGCAUUGACAAACUGGGUCUGCCCUCUACUGUAGAGAAGGUGGAGGGAGCACUGCAGAGAGGGAAAGGCAAGGUGCUGCUCUUCAGUGGAGAGAACUACUGGAGGCUGGAUGUGAAGGGCCAGAAUAUCGACAAGGGAUAUCCCCGCUUCACAGACAUUGUCUUCGGGGGUGUUCCCAAUGAUGCUCAUGAUGUCUUCCACUUCAAGGGCCACAUCUACUUCUGUCGGGAUCGUUUCUACUGGCGAAUGAACUCUAGGAGACAGGUAGACCGUGUGGGAUACGUCAAGUACGAUAUCCUGAAGUGCACCGACUCCUCCAACUACCGCUACUGAGCUACUUUAUCCAUAGAAAUUGACAUAGUAGAAUGAGUAUCCCCAUUCAAGUCAGUAUUCCGUGACGGUCUAAGGGGCCAUCUCGAUUCUAGUAUGUCUAUUUCUAUGGCACUGUUUCUGGGCUGAAUAUUUAAGAACCUUUCCAACAUGAUGUUCAUUCUUAGCCUGAGUCCCAGAUUUGUUUGUGCUGUCUUGCCAACUUACUGCUAUGCCAUUCUCUGUCUCCCCUGAGGCUAUAAAAGGGGAUCUCUGAUGUGAGAAUUAUGCAGAUGAGUGCUUGUGGUACUGUUGGUGUAUGGGGUGCCGUUUGUAAAGUUGAAACAACGCCCCACUUUGUGUGCUUUGUAAGAUGGUGAAAUAUUGCCCCCCGCCCAGUUGAUUCAGGUCAAACCAAAUGAUACACAUGUAUGGGCAAUUUACUUCUAACUGUGUGAGUAAAUGGGUUUAUUGUCCUCUAGUCUAGGGUCCAGAGACAGAUAACCACAGCCCUGAAAUAACGAUUUCAGCACCAGCAGAUCCGAUUCACAAUCUGUUGGUGCUUAAGCCUAUCUGCCUGGCGCAGAUAUUUUUGAUGAGCCAUGAAUUUGUAUGUAUAUUACCCUCUGGUUUUAUUUUUGUGUUCAACAAUGCAAUGUUGGUUUAUUUGGUGUUAUUUUAUAUUUCUGAACUGGCUCAAAAGCCAUGUAUUUUGCACUGGAUGUCACACAAUGGUGUCUCCAUCACUUUUAAGUUAUUUUGUAAGUAAAUCAAUGUUUUGUAUUAGAACUGGAAAUUCAAUAAACAAAUAGCACUUCA